AUGGGCCCCGUCGCCGCCACCUACGGCCCCGUCGCCGCCACCUGCGGCCCCGUCGCCACCACCUGCGGCCCCGUCGCCGCCACCUACGGCCACGCCGCCGCCACCUGCGGCCCCGCCGCCACCUGGGGCCCCGUCGCAGCCACCUGCGGCCCCGUCGCCGCCACCAGCGGCCCCAUCGCCACCACCUGCGGCCCCGUCGCCGCCACCUGCGGCCACGCAGCUGCCACCUGCGGCCCCGCCGCCACCUGCGGCCCCGUCGCUGCCACCUGCGGCCCCGUCGCCGCCACCUACGGCCCCGUCGCCGUCACCUGCGGCCCCGUCGCCCUCCCCUAG